AUGAAAGAUGUUAAUGUCCAGAAUUAUUGGUUUGUAAACCCAGGAGGGGCUAGUGGCACUGCUGGUGGUUUAACAUUGAUAUGGAAAAACAAUAGUGAUAUUGAGAUUCUUUAUUACUCCUUAAACCAUAUCAAUGCAAUAGUCAAGCCUGUCAGUGACACUCCUUGGUUAUACACUGGUUACUAUGGUAGCCCCUAUGACACCAAUAGUAAAAUAGAUACUUGGAAAAUCCUGGAAAACAUUGAUGUCAACAAUGCUAUCCCUUGGUUGGUCAUUGGAGAUAUCAAUAUCAUUCUCCAUGACACUGAAAAAUUCAGUACUCAUCCUUUGGAUGCAAAUGAGGCGGCUAUCUUUGGAAACAAAAUCCUUGAUAUGGAUUUAGUUGAUCUGGGCACCACUGGUUGUCCCUUCACUUGGUCUAACAAAAGAAGUGGACAUGCUCUCACUGAACAGAGAUUGGAUAGAGGGAUAGCUACUGAAAGUUGGCUCCUCUUAUAUCCCAAUGCUACCAUAUCUAAUAUGCUAGCUAUUGGAUCAGACCACCACCCAAUCCUUCUUAAUUCUAAUCCAACUUGGCAAACUGGUAAAAUUCCUUUUAAAUUCUUUGGUCCUUGGUUGGACCAAAAGGAUUGCAGGAAUAUCAUUGCUGAGUGUUGA